AUGGGCGCCCCCCCUCCUGCUAGACGUGAGGCUACAGACACUUCUCAACUUUCGCGUCUGAGACCACACUCCAACUCAAGUUCUGCAGUCGUGAUUCUAUCCGUCCAGAACCCGACCUCCUCCAUUGACAUGACGUACAUCCGCUCGGUUGCUCUACUCACUGGACUGGCUCUAUCUUCCUCGAUUGCUGCAUUUGACGAUCUUGAGGAUUCCAUGGGGCAGCCUCAGGUUACUGGAACGAUCGACCCUGCCUACUACAAUCCGCGACCAAUGACCAUAGACGAAGUCGCGUUCCUGACAACGACUGCAUGCCACCCGAGCUCGUACAAUGCGGACGUGACCACACGGAUCUGCUUUAGUGAAUAUCUGACGAUAUCGUUGGAGUUUCUGGCUGGAAGGAACCGCACGUACCAAGUGGAGGGCUGCCCCGUGGACCAGGACAUUGAUUUGGGCUACUGUCGUGAGGGGAAAUGCACGUCGCCCUCGGUCUACGACGUACGCAUCUUGGUGCUGCCGAGGGAGAACUGGCUGAAUGUGACGUCGAUCAAAAAGGUAGGGGCGUAA